AGGCGAAAAAGAAGUUCAGGUAUCAAAUCCCGAUCUUGACCUCGCCAGAGAUUGACGACACCUUGAGUAAGCUGCUGGGUACCAUGGUAUCGGUAUCCUUCCAGACCAUGCUGCAAGCCAGCCCAAGGCUGCUUAAAGGACUCAGGCAGUUGCUAAUGCGCAAGCGCAUAGAGGUAGAGGAGGCCCCGGAACCACCGGAGCAGGAGACAGAAGAGGCAGAGGCACCCCAAGGCGUCUCCAACCUCCAAAGGAUUCCUGGGGAUCUGGAGGACCUGGAAAAGGCCUUUGCAGACAUCCGCCUAAGCCUACCGGACCGARAAGGGGGUGAAGUCAUGAGGGCGCCACCCGGGACGAAGCUUAGCUUCCAUGCCUUACCCGUAGGAAAGCUGAAGGUCCAAAUUGGAACCCACCACACAGAUGCAUUAGUGGACGGCAGUGCGGAAACUACCCUCAUACGACGGGAUUUUAUAACGAUUAUCGGUUGCACCGUAAACAAGGAAGUGAUGGGGAGUAUCCGGGGAGCUGGCGGGGAGAUUAACUUUGCAGGGUACGUUAUGAAAUGCGCAGUCAGGGCGGCGAUCAGGGAAUCAAUCUGGUCCUUCCAGCAGAUGACCGUGAUGGAAGAAAUGGACCAUGACAUAAUUCUCGGAAGACCGUGGUGCGCCAAUCUAGAAAUGAUAGGUAUGCAGCAUGAUGGCACAUACAUGGUAGAUAUAGAGGACCCCGUGACCAGCCGCGGGGAACUCCUCCGACUCCUUGGGACCGGAGGGGAUGUGCCGAAAGGCAAGUUGGCAACUUGGUCGCCAACGUUCGAGGAGAGUGCACGAAAGGGGGCAUUCGCACGAAUGGAAAGUAUGAGGGAAAGGGUAGAAAUCAUGAUUGAGGAAGCCUUUAGCAAGAAGGAGUGGAUCAAGAUGGGUCUACCUAUGAAGAAGAGGAGGCAAGAGGACGAGGCCCUGGAAGUUAUGGUGGCAGAAAAAAAGUCGGAAGUCGAACUUGGAGUCAACCUGCCCAAACCAAAGGAAGAGUGGCGGUACUCACAGUUCAAGAAAGAGGUCUUAGCUAUCCUGCAUUGUCUUAAGACCUUCCAAGCAUACCUAUUCGGGAGGGGAUUUAUCAUGAGGAUCGAUCCGACGAACGUUGCUGGGGCACUAAAGAACUACAAACCUAUAGACCCAACCGUCGGGACGUGGAUAGGCUUCAUAUGGCAAUUCGACUACAAGGUCGAGCGAAUUGCGGGGCUUCGGAAGAGGGCGGAUGGGUUGAGUAGGGUGUGUAUCACGCCGGAAGGAAUAGAGGACGCCGAGCCAAUCGACGCCUUCCUAGAAUACGGAGGAGGGACCCUGGUCGUGGAUAACGAGAUGGUAGGCGCCGCCCCUACAAUGGACCAACUGCUGAUUCAGACUCUAGAAAAGGGCAAGCCCGCCGUAGUUGCGGAACUCAGGGAGGGACCGGUCACCACGUUUAGACGCAGGGAGGAAAAGGAUUCGUGGGGAGCAAUGAUGGGGCCGAAAGAAGAACUGAUGGCAAUGGCCGUUGAAGGGGGACGAGACGUUGUGAUGACCCUAGCAGAGACAUGGGCGCAGAGGGAGAGGCAGUACCAAGUGAAUCAGACUCAGAUGAAACAGGGUACCGACCGGAAGGAACGAGAAUUUUUCCUCAUACAGAUGUACGAGGGCGUCUUCAGAGAAAUCGGUCUGCUGCUCAUAGGAAACAAGCAACCCUUGGAAAUCAGCCCCAAGGCAAGGGAGGAAGCCGAAAAGUACGUCUUGAGGCACGGCCACCUCUUCAAGAAAGAAGAGGGAAUGUUGCCUAAACACGUCAUAUGCGGAAGGUCCAGGCAAUUAGAUAUAAUCCAGGCAAUGCACGGUGGGCUAGCCGGAGGGCACAGGUCGUCAAAAGGGACCCUUGCAAAAAUCGCACCACUUUACUUCUGGCCAGGCAUGGUAGGAAUGGUGGCGACGUAUUGCCAAACAUGCUUGAUAUGCCAGGAGAGGAGUUCCUCUCGUGUCUUCGAGCCCCUUAGACCUACCCGGGUACUAGGACCGGGGCACUUGGUUCACCUCGACCUUGCGGUCAUGCCUGUGUCGACGGAUGGGUACAGGUAUAUCUUGGAUGCAAGGGACAAUCUCAAUAGUUACGUGGAGGCAGUAGCUCUUAAGAGAAAGACAAGAAAGAGAGUGACCGAUUGGAUAGAGGACUUCUACCUAAGCCGAUAAUGGGACAAAAUUUGUAAAUCACGAAGUGCUAAGCAGGCUCAAGACGUUGUGGGUACCUAUCACGAUCAUUGAACCAUACCACCCUGAGGCCAAUGCACCAGUAGAAAGGGGGCACCGAACUUUGAAAAACACAAUCGCUAAGUUGGCGGCGGAUGACCUGGGGAACUGGCCUCAAUACCUUAAGCAGGCGGUCUUUUCUGAGAACAUGACGCCGAAAAGGACGGCGGGAUGCAUUUCAGCAUAACUCUGGUAUGGGAGGGAGAUCGAUUUUCCGGUGGAAGCCCUGGUUCCCACCUGGAACAGGCUAGAGGAAAACCCGCGCAUGUCUACGGAAGAACUAAUUGUCGCACGUUGCCAACAAGUCGUGAGAAAUGAGGAAGCCUUGGAGGAUUUGGUCAGGCGAGUGAUGAAUAGUCGAAUGAAGGACAAAGCAAGGUGGGAUCAGGUGAAGAACAUCCGGAAGGAGCCGCUCCAGGUGGGAGAGAAGGUACUAGUUAGGAACUCGACACUUGAAAGCACAUGGUCUGGAUAGUUGGGGAAAAGGUUAUAAGGCUCCUACAGAGUCGCAAGGCGGGUGGGUCUGAACACGUUUGAACUUGAGGAUUUUGAUGGCACUGGGAUAAAAGGGUCAUUUUCGG